AUGAAUAAGUUCGUCAUUGUCGUCGUUCUCGUAUGCUUGGGAUUAGUCUCAGCUGGUCGUCAUGGAGGUCCACCGGAAAAAUUCGGCGGCGGAGGAGGAGGACAUAGCGGUGAACGUUAUGGUGGUAGCUCAGGCACGCUUGCAUCAAAAGCAUGCGCCAACGCAACUGUUGCCCAAUCACUGGUGACCCAAAUGCAAGCACUCAUUACACAAUUGACCAGCAAUGGCUCAUUUACAGCUGCUUUACAACAGCGCGCGCAAGAACUGGCGUAUUACAAUAAUGCCGCCAAUACACCACUUCUUACAUCGAAUUGCACUCAGUAUUUCGCUGGCGUGACUGCAGCUACCGCACUUGAUAAAGCUGCUCAAAUGGCACAAAUUCAAUACACAAAUGUCGCCAACAAUCUCAUACAAGGAAUCUUUAGAUCUGUUGGAGUGUACUAUAAGGGUGGUAGAUAUGAAAAAUAA